CUCCGCCCGACACCCCAGCCGCUCGCCGCGCGGCUGCUCCGGCGGGUUUUCGUCUCCGGGGGUAGGAGGGAGAUGCCUUUGCCGUGGUUUUUCCACCCCCAGCCCUCUCCGUGCCGGGAGAGGCGGUGAUGUGGAGCCGAGAAUGUAGAGGAAAACCCUCCCCGGGAAGGAGCUACCAAAACAAAUCCCUUGCCGUGGCUGUGGCGGCCGCGCGGUGCCCGGGGAAGCCCGAGCAGCCCCUGCCAGCGCCGGGGAAUCCCUCCUGCAGCCCCCGGCGGCGCCCCGGGCGCCCGCGGAGCCAGCUUCAGGAAUGGAGGUGUCUGUCUGAAGAGGAUUCUGCCCAAAUAUUCCUAGUCCCCAAGCUCAUUUUCCUACAGACUCUGGUGUUACAACUUCAUCUUUUUCAGAAUGGCUGAGAAAGCUCCACCAGGGAUCACCAAAAAGUCUUCAAGGUCCACCCUUUCUCUGCCUCCAGAGCCAGUGGAGAUCAUCAGGAGCAAAGCCUGCUCGCGGAGAGUUAAAAUAAAUGUUGGUGGACUCAACCAUGAAGUGCUGUGGAGGACUUUGGACAGACUUCCAAGGACACGAUUGGGAAAGCUCAGAGACUGCAAUACCCAUGAAUCUCUGCUAGAAGUAUGUGAUGACUAUAAUCUGAAUGAAAAUGAGUAUUUUUUUGAUCGACACCCAGGGGCUUUCACUUCCAUUUUGAAUUUCUACAGGACAGGGAAACUACAUAUGAUGGAAGAAAUGUGUGCUCUCUCUUUUGGCCAGGAGCUUGAUUACUGGGGGAUUGAUGAAAUAUAUUUAGAAUCUUGCUGUCAGGCAAGAUACCAUCAAAAGAAAGAGCAAAUGAAUGAGGAACUGAGGAGGGAGGCAGAGACAUUGAGAGAGAGAGAAGGGGAAGAGUUUGAUAAUACCUGCUGCCCAGAGAAAAGGAAGAAGCUUUGGGACUUGCUUGAGAAACCCAACUCAUCUGUUGCAGCAAAGAUUUUGGCCAUUGUGUCCAUUCUGUUCAUCGUCCUGUCCACUAUUGCUUUGUCUCUUAACACGCUGCCAGAACUUCAAGAAAUGGAUGAAUUUGGGCAGCCAAAUGACAACCCUCAGCUAGCACACGUUGAAGCUGUGUGUAUCGCUUGGUUUACCAUGGAGUAUCUUUUGCGUUUUCUGUCCUCACCAAAUAAGUGGAAGUUCUUCAAAGGCCCAUUAAAUGUCAUUGACUUACUGGCUAUCUUGCCAUACUAUGUCACCAUUUUCCUCACAGAGUCCAACAAAAGUGUCCUGCAGUUCCAAAACGUCAGACGUGUGGUUCAGAUAUUUCGAAUUAUGAGGAUCCUAAGGAUUCUUAAGCUCGCCAGACAUUCAACGGGCCUUCAGUCUUUAGGCUUUACACUCAGGCGGAGUUACAAUGAAUUGGGCUUGUUGAUAUUAUUUUUAGCCAUGGGAAUAAUGAUAUUUUCAAGUCUUGUAUUCUUUGCUGAAAAGGAUGAGGAUGCUACAAAAUUUACAAGUAUUCCUGCGUCAUUCUGGUGGGCAACAAUCACUAUGACUACGGUAGGAUAUGGUGACAUUUAUCCUAAGACCUUAUUAGGUAAAAUAGUUGGAGGACUCUGCUGUAUUGCUGGAGUGCUGGUCAUAGCCCUGCCUAUACCAAUUAUUGUGAACAAUUUCUCAGAGUUUUAUAAGGAGCAGAAAAGACAGGAGAAGGCAAUUAAGAGGAGAGAAGCACUUGAGCGAGCUAAAAGAAACGGCAGUAUUGUCUCCAUGAAUCUGAAAGAUGCCUUUGCUCGCAGUAUGGAAAUGAUAGAUGUAGCAGUAGAUUCAGGAAAGCUUGGAGAACCACUCAGCCCAAAGGAGACAUCUGAUAAUAGCCACCUGUCCCCAAGCCGGUGGAAAUGGGCCAGAAGGACAAUGUCUGAAACAAGCUCAAACAAAUCUUAUGAGAACAAGUACCAAGAAGUUAGUCAACAAGACUCCCAUGAGCAAUUAAAUAAUGCUGCAGCAUCCUCCAGCCCACAGCACCUCAGUGCCCAAAAAUUGGAGAUGCUGUAUAAUGAAAUUACCAAAACCCAGUCUCAGCCUAAUCUUAAUGCUGGUUACCAAGACCAGUCAGCAAAGCCACCCAGUUAUGAAGAAGAAAUAGAAAUGGAGGAAGUUAUAGGUCAGAGGGAUCCGUUGCCAACGGGGCCUGCGGACAUCGUAAUGGACAUGAGAAGCACAUCCAGUAUCGACAGUUUUGCCAGCUGUGCAACUGACUUCACGGAAACAGAGAGGUCUCCGCUCUCUCUGUUUCCUGGCUCUCACUUGCAAAUGAGAUUUCCAGCUGAUGCUGUUAACCUUGAAGAAAACCAAAGAGCAAGAAGUUCUCAGUUUAUGCCAUUUGCAAAAGACAGAGGAUUUUCUCCAACUGAUGUCACCUUUGACUAUAAUCCAAUCAACAGAGCUGGUAUCAGUGAUGGCAGUGGGUCCCAAACUGUUUCACAUGGUCAUUUUCAUUUUGACACUGCCAUGGAAAGCCCCAAAAGCUCCCUGAAAGGUAGCAACCCAUUAAAAUCUAGAUCCCUUAAAGUUAAUUUUAAAGACAAUAGAGGUGGCGCUCCACAAACUCCGCCAAGCACGGCAAGGCCACUGCCGGUGACAGCAGGAGCGGAUUUCACACAGGCCACCCCUCAGCACAUCAGCACCAUUCUCCUAGAAGAAAAUUCCCCCCAAGGUGAACGGCCCGUACUUGGUGCUGAUGCACCUGCACUUUGUCAGGGACCCGCUAAAAAAUCGUCCCCUCUCUUUCCCAAACAAAAAAUUUUCACUUUCCCUUCAAAAGAGAGGAGGAGCUUCACUGAAAUAGACACUGGAGAAGAAGAAGAGUUUAUGGAGUUACACGGUAUGAAACAUGAGAAAAAACAGGAUAUCAAGACAAAUUGCUGUGGGGAUAAACACAGUGAUGGCAACAAUUUACCAGGGGAGCCACAGGUCAGCUCUUCACCCAAAAGCAUGAGCCACAACUGUACUCAAGACAUUUACCAUGCUGUGGGUGAAGUAAAGCCAGACAAUAAUCAAGAAGGUCACAAAAUGGAAAACCAUUUAUUUGCUCCAGAAAUUCAUUCAAGUCCAGGAGAAACUGGUUAUUGUCCUACACGUGAAACUAGCAUGUGACUAGUUACAGAAGCAAUAACAAUAUCUUUUCUUAAAACACAGUUAGUAAUGCCUAUGAACUAAAACAUGGAAAGCCUCAACAAAAGUGCAUAAAAUGUUAUUUUUGCAUGGCAUGAAGAGUUGUUUAGUUUAAAUAUUGUUUAAUUUAAAAGAAAAAGACUGCUUUUGUAACAAACUGAAAAAACAGGGGAAAAAAUUACUCAAGAAUGGUGAAUAAAUAAAGAGAGCUUUAUUAGGAGCCAGUGGUCUGCAACAUCUGACAUUUUUGAUCCUUUCACUUAUGAUUGUAGACAGGUUUUGAACUCUUAAACUUUCUUUUUUCUCUCAGUUACAAUGAAUUUUAGAAUUUGCACAUGAAAGGAUGAAAUGUCAAUGCAUGCAUUCAUAAGGAUGUGAAACAAGGUGCUUUGAGCUUGCAAAAUGCAUAUACUUGUAAAUAGUUUGGGGUUGGGGGGAAAGCUACUGUUAACAAGGAUUUAUGGAAAAAGCAUUUCCUGGGACACAGGUACUUCCUUCACAGCGUGCUGCCUGGAGGUUUUGUACAGACUUAUGUUGCAAAAUUGCAACUUCUACUUAAAGCAUCUCACGUAUCUUGCUUUCUGUUAAAAAGCUCAUGAGUAUAUCUGUUAAUUAAGAACUACAGUAUUUUAGUUUAUCUGUGUUAUAAAUCAUGAUGGGUUUUUUUUUUUUUACUUGCAGAACUUCAGUUAUUGCAUUUGUCAGUUUAAUUAAUGAUCCUGUGAGGGAAAGCAAAGAUUUAAUGACCAGAACUUGAAGCAUUCGAUAUUUUUAUAGAAAAUUGCCAACAUUUCAUAACUGAGAAAAAAAAAGUUCCAUUUUAAAAUUUAAAAAUCAUAGUUAUUUCUGUGGCAAUAAACAGUGCCAAAUGGCUAUUCAGAUAUAUCCAAAAGUUUUCAACCUCAUAGAAUAUAACUUGGUAUUAAAAAAUAUUUCCCACACUCUUAGUUUUCCUUUGAUUUAACACUAUUUGCUUCUACUUGAUCUUCAAUCUUUUACCUUUUGUUCUACAUGCAGUGCACAUACUUCAGUAAUGGCAAUGUUGUUGAAGCUGUUAAGCUGUAAGGACAUGAGACAUAGUUUGUAGGGGAAAGUGGUACCUUUUGUUAUCAUAAAUCAUAUGGCUGGAGAAGAAAAGUCUUCACUACAUGUGAUUUGCCUCAGGUCUUCCAUACCCCAAAGCUUGUUUGUGUUUUUCGGUUCAAUCAUUUGGAGUGACAGAAGAUAUCACUUGACUCACCAACUUUGCCUCAACCCAUCCUUCCAUAGCUGUUCUGAAAUGGAGUACAGGAUUUCCAUUCUACUUAAAUAAAGGAAUAUGUCAUUCCACUGACAACUACCUAAGCAUCUUUCAUUUCUCUGAUUUCUCCAGCUUUGUAAAAGAAAGAUGCUGAACCAAAGCCUUCAUUACAAAGUACCCAUCUAACCACUGUCUUGAAAAAGCUAUUUUUAUUUUAACCAGAAUCCAUAGCUUCUUAUGCUACAAAAUAUUUUUUAAAGCUUCUAGAGUGCUUUAAUUCCCUAAAUGAUAGAAAGUUUAUUCAGUUCAUAAAUUCUAAUCAUAAGCAAAUGUAAGCAGUUACACAGACAUACCCUAGAAAACGUUCCCUUUUGUUUUGUUUGGGGGGGGGGGUUGUGGGUUUUUUUUGUUUGUUUGUUUUUUGGGUGGUUUUUUGGGGUUUUUUUUGGUAAGGAAGACAGACCAAUCAAUGCAUGGUUUGGAACAGCAGGCUUCUACUAUCCUAGGUUAGUAGAUUAAUUUUUACUUGAGUCUUUUUAUGUCACUUGAAUAUGUAGCAACCAGGCACCUAAUGCAUUUAGGGCAAAGGAGUAACCAUUUUUAUUACAACGUGGCCCUUUGCUUAAAUGGCUGGGCCAAUGCCACAGACCUCAAUCAAGUCUGGCACAUAGAAAAGAGUCAAGUUUGAAGAGCCCCAAAAUAUUGAUCCUGAUGGCUGGGCCAAACAAUGAGCACAGCACAAUCAUUUAGAUGGGUUUUUUUAAAAAAAGUUUUCUAUAUUUCCAUCAGAUUUCUUAUUUCUGUAACAAGAUAAUAUUGAGGUGUCUCUUCAGUCAUUUCAAUACCUGAGAAUAUGUCUUUUUUUUUCAAACAAUGUCUGGUCAUUAAUUCUCAAAAUAAAAAUUUUUUUUUGUCUUUAAUUGCAGUUCAUGUCAACUUGUUGCUGCAUUCAGUUUUAUGUAUUUAUGUUGUAUUCUGCGUAACACUUUUCAAUCAUGUUGUGUCUCACUGUCCCCAAACUUAGUUCUUUAAUAUUUUAUAGUCAUUACUCUUCUACAUUUAUUUUUUAGUUUCUAGAUAUUUUUGGUGACUAAAACUAAAUGCCAGUCAAUUUUUAUAUGCCUGAAUUGUUGGUUUGUAUUUUCUAUGUGCAGUUUUAUGAAAUCACAUGGGCCUGUUUGAUCUGCCUUUUCAUCCUAGUGAACUAUUGAAGUCCAGAUUGAGACCAAAUGGGAGCUGGUCACAUGCUCUGGAUCCACAGAAAAUUCCCAUUCAUGACAAUAACAUUGUUCUGGCAAGACUGAGGUCUGUCAUGUUUCUUCUGUGUGCUUUUUCUCCCAGGUGACCCUUACACUUUGGAAAAGCCCCUUAGACCUAUGACACUUGAUGGAAAGGGAGGAGUCCAGCCAUAGGGAACCUACUGCAGAACAGAGAUUUCAUUCCUAAAGCUCUCCUGAGCUAAAGCUCAUGCAAACCUGAUUCCGGCCCAUUACAAUCACUACAAAUUUCAAAGGAGUAAAGUCAAGGCCUCGAUUCUUGUGCAAAUGAUUUUCCCCUGAAGCCAAUGGGAGUCUGGUGGAAAAAGGGACUGACUAAAUGAGAAAAACAAUAGUCUCACUCUCUUGAUGAAAAUCAACUGGAGCUUUAAUUAUAUAAAUCUGAUGAAAGAUCAGGCCCUUAUUUGCUGCUGUAUUUUAAAUGUUUUCAGAGAAGCACAUUUAUUUUGAAAGAAAUGCAAAUCACUUUAUUAACAGAUGCUUUAUUUUUUUGAAAUACUGGAAGCAAAAUGAUUAAGCUUUAGAAGUGCUUUUGGUAUAAUUUUGUUAUCUACUUUUGUCUAUGCUGAAAACUAUUUCCAGAAGCACAGGUUUAGAAAUGUGGCUUUUCCAGUCUUGACUGCAUAUACAGGAUCCACCUCUGAAUACCGAACUUGUAUAAUUCCUGAUUAAAACAUCUUUCUGAGCAGUUGCAGACUGGACCUAGCUUUCUAUCCAGCACAGCAGGUGUAAGAAGUGCAGGCCGGGAUCCUUUCAUUCAUCAUGGGUUGAUAUGCAGCAAAUUAUGCAAAACUACACAAGUAUAUUUUUCUGGUUUUCUACAACUUUGAAGCCAUUUCAGACUUAUUACCCGUUCACCACAGUAAGGGGAGAAUGUGUCUGAGUUCUGGAGUCAGUCUCUAAUGCCAGCUGUGCAGUUUCAAAACAGCUUAAGGAUUCUUAGGAAGACGUGACUCCUUUGUGCACCUGAAAGGGGUCUGACUCCUUGCAUCACUGGAAAAUGAAGAAUGUUCAGGGAGAUAGCUUUGCAAUUGAUCUAUUUUUUAUAUUUUUUACUAACUGCAGAAUUGUGAAUCAAAGUUUUAAUUCCUUUUCAAUGGUGAAACCAAAUGCACCUAUUUAAAAAAAGAUCACAGAGUAAUUAGAAGAGCUUUUGAGUAAUAAUCACAUAAAUCCAAAUCUGGGUGGGGCGUAGAGGGUAGGGGGGAAUAAUAUAUCGCACAAACUGCAAAGGGAGUUCCUACAGGAAAGCUGUUUACAGGGGAAAUAUGUCAUGUAAAGAAUGUAACAAGGUGUAGGAAGUUUUUGCACUACCGAAUUUAUAUAAAAUACACUUUUUUAAAGAAUACACAAAAGGCCUUUUAAUGCUACAUUGUAUAGAUUCUAGAAGCCUCUGUGCUAAUGCAGCAAUCUAAAGCACUGUGUCCUCACUUCACAAUUGGUCUCAAAAUUCAAACAUUAGUGAUGCUAGAGAGGUGAUAUCUGAUCUAACACUAGAGCAAUGGACAUGAAGAGCCUUUUAGCACACUAUUAUGUAGCCCAAAAUGUGUAAAGACAAUUGUAUUUUUGCCUAUAACACUCAUAAAUCUAAAUGACAAUUGGCUUCCAUGAGUAAUUUCCUAUCAGGUAAUACUGGGCAAUGUAUUUGUAUUCCUUGAAAAACAAUGAGUUCUUUUAAAAGUAGACCUCUUCCCCUUCAUGUUGACUGAGCUUCUGUUUCCUUCAAGGUUUACCUUCAAUUUAUUCAUUAACUGCUUCAACCUUAUCUCUAAACCACAGUCCAGUAAAAACAACAGUUGUUUUCUUGACUCUCUAUUGCAGAUAGUCAGACUGGCAAAUAUGUCCAGGGUUUAACUGAUUGGCUUUUUGAUUCAAAUAAUUUUUAAUAACUUGGAUAGAAAAUAUAUAUUUUGAUCAUAAAAAUAUAUAUUAGAAGCAAAAUAAUUCAACAAAUAUGCCUUUUGCCUUUUUUUUUUUUUAAGUAGCCAGCACAGAUCAAGCAAGAAAUACAAACACAACAAAGGGGGAAAGAAGGGCAGAAAACUGUAAGUAAACAAGGCAUGUUUUAGUGUACUAUAUAAAAAGAGAUGUAAUAAAAUACAUGUAAAAGAAUCCUUGUUCACACAAAAUGAGGUAAAAAUGCCAGUAGCAAAAGAUUUAAUUCCACUCCUCCAUCGUAAUUUUAACCUAGAACCAACAGGUUCAGUGAUGCCAUUACCCACUCGCCUGCCACAUGAAUAUCUGAUCUUUAAUAAUUUUUCAGAAGACUUUCCUGAAAAAUAAGAUAUCACCUGUCAGUAUCUUUAUUGAUCUUUGGAUCUCUUCCCGUUUCCUACCCAAUAUCAAUCUUUUCUUCUUCUUGGGAGUGGUCAGAAGGCAGCCCACCCAACAAGAUGACAGGAGUGUCUUGUUGGUCAGGAAAGCGUUUUGGGAGUGUGGUGCAAAUGACCAGAUGCUGCAUUUUAACCAAGGUACAAGAACUGAGUGUCACUUCUCCCUCUUUUCUAGUUGCAAAGUGCUCUGAAUUCUCCAGUGUCCCCACAGUGUACCCAUCCUUCACACAGGAGCUUUUAGUGUUCUUGCAAGAGCAUUCUUAAAAGCUGUUGAUUGGUAAAUGCUGUUAAGAGAGCCAUUGGUCUAGGUGUAAAUAUUUCUAUUUUGUCCAGCCUGGUUUUAUUAGGGGUGCUCAGCUUUAACUCCAGCUGAAAUGCUUUCUAAAACAGAUCAGUUGUUCUCUGUCAGUUUCCUUAACAAAGGAAGGUUAGGUAACUGGCAGGCAAAAAUGAAAGAAAAAAUUUUGUUUGCAUUGUGUGAUGGUUUCUUGUUCAGUGAUCAUACACCAUGGGACAUCUGCAGGCGGGGUAAUGUACUUGUCUUUGUAUUUAUUUUGUUCCAGGUUUAAACAGUAUUUUUUAAAUGCUGAGUUAUGAUAUUUAGGAACCAUCACCCUUUAGUAAUAUGGAGAUUUUUUGCAAAACAGCAGUGAUACUUUCUAAUCCUAUAUUAAUAUUGAUUGAUAUUUAGUUUUCUUUUAUAACACCUAAUGCAGAUCCUGAUGAAUACCUCUGUGGAACAAGGAAGUAGCACACAAAUAUUACUGCUCUUUUUACUUGAAAGUAAUUAAAAAAACAUGGUAUUAGCUAACAUUUAAUCCAAAAAAGAUGAUUUUCCUAGUUAUACCUAUCAACUAAACAGAAUGGUGACCUGUCAUUACCUUAGACAUCAACUGUAGUCCUGUGAUUAACAUAAACCAAUAAUCUAACAGCAGUCUGUGUAAUUGAUUUCAUUAGGGUAAUUCUUUAACUCAAAUAACUAUUUAAAUACAUAUUUAGCAUCAGCAGGAAUAAUGUACACUUCUAAAUCUGGAAGUCUAUGGUUAAGUUUACACUGGCAUCUUAGAGAAAAUCAGGAGAGAUCUCUUGACAUGGAUCUCUCAGCUAGCCUCACUUCUCAUGCUUUGAUUCACAUAACCAAGCAAUCCUGCGCCAUGGAAAUUGGACUGCUUUUAGGUGAAGUUGAACCAGAAAACUUCUUCCAUGAGGGCACCAGCUAUGCUGCAGGCAGGAUAAAGCAUUCAGGCCCUGAUACCAGAUGAGAGCGAGUCCAAAUUUGUACCCCAAUACUGUAAACUGUCAGCACAAACUGUUGUCCUCCACAAAUCUCCUCCUAUUGCAUGACUUGCUAAUGUAGACAUAGAUCUCUAGCAUGGCUACUCUCUUCAGCCCAUGUAGCUCUUUGAUAAAUCACUUAUUCAAGUGAAUUAUGCCAUUUUCAUCAGUGGUAUUGCACAAAAAAGCAAUAUGUAGCCAAAGAUUAAAUUGUUCCCAUUGCAUUCCCCAAGUUAACCCGCAUAAAAUCAUUUAAGCAAUAAAUUCUUGAUAACCUUUGGAAAGUUGUGUUUUGUAGUUUGGACCAAACUCUAUAUACUGCAUAUUUCUACAGUGAAUUUACUCUUAAGUUGGUGUUACAUUUAAUGAAGACAGUACAGACAGCACUAGACUUACUCCUAAGUCAGUGCAAUGAUUAAACUUAUUGCAGGUAGCUUUAUUUCACUUAACCCUUACUUAACCAGUAACCCUGACUUUAUACUGGUAUGAAUAAAAGCAAAUUGCUGUGCAUUGAUGGAGGAUCAGAAGCCCAGCUUGAAUACUUUGUGCUGAUUUGCCAUUAUCUAGAUAUCUUCCUAUUUGGAUCACCAGCUGAAAUUUAUUUAAAUUGAGGAACUAGUAGGGUUUUGGUUGUGUGCUUUGCUGCUCUGAUGUCUGGGACAUACCUUGUACAGUAAAGCAAGGAACAAAAAACCUAUUCCUUAUCUUACUUCUUUUAACCCUUUCAAGGUGGAGGAUGUAAGUCUUGUAGUGAUAUUUUUGCUCUAAGUUUUGCACAGAUAGCAUCUCUCUGUGAAGGUUCAGAGUACAAAACAUUUAUGCCUGUUCUUGAAGUCCUUAAGCAGAACGCCAGUGGGAAUUCUGCCUGUAUAAAACUGAAGGAUGGAGCAAUAUAUUAUAGUGUUAGGCAAAGGAAACAAUUUCUAACACAUUACUAAAUACAUUUAAAAAGAAAUUUAAAAUACUGCUAUUGGGGACAAUCAUGGGUACUUCUGCUAGGAGGCAGAGUUCUGGAUUUAUAUGUCUAAAUUAUCAGAGUUCUGCAGAGUUUUAACUGUACAACUCUUUCAAAAAUCAAAGGAGCCAUGCUGAUAAGCUAAAACAUGGAGGGAUUAGUGUACAAAGAAGCUGAGCAUUGAAUACAUAGCCUAUUGCUUUAAGAUCACUGUAAAUAUCAAAUUAAAUAUGUACUAAUUCAUGUUUAUAUGUUAUUACUGUGUUAGUUUCAUAGAUACAGUAGCAUGACUAUUAUUAGUUUCAUGGAGUUUAAUGAACUUUACUUUGUAUUCCUCUGUGAAUGCUCUGAAUGCUGCAAACAAAAAAAGCACAACAGUAUUUUUUCAAGUUCUCUUGGGGCAAUAGCAGUGUCUUCACUAUUGUUCAGUUUUACAGAUUUAGCAACAUUUCAUCAUACAUUGCUCUAUUAAUAAUGUACCUUUCUUUAAAAGUACUGUCACUAGGAGAUAAAAGCAUAUGUGAUGAGUCUUGUCUAAUCUCAUUCAUCUGCCUUUACAAAAUGCCCCAGACAUUUUGUGGGAGAAUAUGCUGCUUUUGCUUCAUGCAUUGUUGUAUUUGGGGGUGGGGCAGGGGAAUAAUAGGGCAUUUUGCAAUGGUAAUUGCAUCAAACAUGCUUUUUUUCAUUAUUAUUGUAUUUGUUAGAAACAUUUUGAUUUAGUUUCUUUCUGUAGAUAAAACUUUGACAAUAGCUUUAUUUUUUCAACUAACCAUUUGAUUUCAUUAGACUAAUAACUUCUCACAUUUAGUGGUAUUCGUAUCAAUGUUUCCAUAUCAGCUGCAUUUUAACUUCAUAAAAAAGGAAAUGUGAUUAUUAUUUUUUGUCAUACUAGAUUUUGCUGAUCAACUAAGUAUUUCUGCACCAAUCUACAUAUUAAUAUGCAUGUUGUAGUCUGUACAAUUGUUCAACAUCAAAAUAUCUGUUUAAUUUAUGUCAAAUGUCUUUAAAAUAAAUGCAUUGUUCUCCAUUUCAGUCUGAUAGAAUAAGCAGGAUAGUAAAUAAAUGUGUAAAUGAA